CAAUAGGGAUGGAAACGGGUACACAAGUAAAAACAAAUAUGGCCGAUCCAAACAAAAUCAACAAUCAUUUGACAUUUUUGACCAGAAAUUAAGUGUGAGAAGAAAAAAAACAUCAGAUUUUAAAACGUAUUUAUUUCUUACUACAAUAGGAAAUACUUGCACGCAAAAGAAUAGAAACGAGAAUAGAUGAGUCAAAGCAACAGAAUCGGGCAAUUGAAUUUGCUUCAACUAAAAUAGAGACACAUACAUUUUUUAGUGUUUGCAAAAAAAAAAAAAAACUCUUUUGUCAGUAUUGACUUAGAUCAAGUGUAUAUUUAUUUUUUGUCGUGUGUUUCAAUGUAAAUUGAAAGUUUUGACGGAAAAUAUUCAUAGAACUGUCUGAAAUAGUCUCGUUUCUUUUUGUUUUAUUUUAUCGGGAUUGCCACGGAUUGCGAAAUAUUUUUAUGGGUAACAUUAUGGAUAAUGAUCAUGAGUCUGAUUCCAGCAGUGAAGACAUAGAAAUUGGUUAUGAUAUAUUCAAUUUGUAUUUGGAUGUCAAUGAACCAGAGCCCAAUUCAAAUCCCAAUGAUUCAAAUGAAGAUUUAUUAAAUUUGCUAUUGCAACGUUUCAUUAACACAAAUCGAUUCAACUUUGACAAUUCCGCAUUCAACUCACGACGAUUCUGCAUGCCACAAAUCAAAGCUAAAACUAACCUAGAAGCACUGAAAAAAAACUACAUUUAUCAAAGUAUCAAAUAUGGAUCUGGAUAUGGCACUGAUAACACAAGCCCUGUGGCCAAAUGGUCAAUUGUUAAAAUGCUUCAAAACAGACAGAAUGGAAUCGGAAGCAAACAGGGCCAAUUUCUACAGCCAGAACGAUGUAAAGUUAGCAACAAUUACUUGCCCAAUUCAAAGGAAGCGGUUCAUUCAUAUGAAGCAAAAGUAUUUUGUGGAAUAUUCUCACGAAAUGGCAAACAUUUUGUGACUGCAAGUCAAGACAAUAUGAUACGGAUUCAUGAUUCAACAACAAUGCGAUACAAAUGUCAAAACGAAAUAAUGGCUAAAGAUGUUAACUGGUGCAUACUAGAUAUUGCGUUCAGUCCGGACAGUGAGCAUUUUGUCUAUUCGACAUGGUCAAAUUGCUUACACUUGAGCCGAAUCGAUGGUACAUCACAUCAGCUAAAACCGUUGUAUUUACAACCAUCAAAAUCAAGUUUUUGCAUUUUCUCAUUGGCAUUCUCAAACUGUGGUGAUCAAAUUAUUGGUGGUGGUAGCGAUGGUUGUUUAUAUAUUUACGAUUUAGUAAUGGCCAAACGCACAUUCCGAUGCCCGUUUGAACAAGAUGCUGUAGAUGUAAAUGCUGUUGGGUUCAUCGAUGAAACGUCAAAUAUAAUAUUCAGUGGAUCAGAUAAUGGAAUAAUUAAGAUUUGGGAUCGUCGAUGUUUGAAUGAAACAAAUCCGAAGGAAGUCGGUAUAUUUUCUGGCCAUUUAGAUGGCAUCACAUACAUUGAUUCAAAGAAUGAUGCGCGAUAUUUAAUAUCAAAUUCAAAAGAUCAAACCAUUAAAUUAUGGGAUAUGCGAGUAUUUUCGCCUAGUGGAGAUGCAAAUCAAUCAUCAUCACGACGACGCACACGAUAUUAUAAUCGUUGGGACUACCGUUGGGAUACGGUACCAAAAGAAUUCUAUACGGACACGGUAACCUUAUCAGAUGACGCAAGCAUAAUGACAUAUCGAGGCCAUCGCGUUAAGAAAACACUAAUCAGAGCGAAAUUUUCACCACAAGAGACAACUGGUCAACGAUAUAUUUACACUGGCUGUGGAACAGGACGAUUGAUUAUUUAUGAUGUGUUGACUGGUAAGAUAAUGUAUUCGGUACGCGGUCAUAAGGAUAUUGUACGUGAUGUUGCUUGGCAUCCCAGCCGAAGUGAAAUUUUGACAAGUUCAUGGGACUUUAAUGUGAAUUUAAAUUGGCGCGGCCACAAAAAGAAGGUUCAAUUAAAACGUUCGCUUAAAGAUGUUAACCAAGAUGAUCCAUCGGCAAAUGACGAUGACAAUACGGACUCAGCUCCUCCGCCCCGUCGAUCAAGGCGAUUGGCACUGCGCCGACAGGCACAGCAAGCCAAUUAAUCAAUAAAAUAGAACAGAUAAAUUUGAAUAAACCUUGUGUAGCUCUUAGACCUAAGCUUCGAUCAGAUUUUUAUAAAAAAAAAACUAAAGUGUUGUACAUUUAACAAAAAAAUGAGGGAGAAAAGAGAAUAUAAGCAACAAAAAUAAAAUAAAAAUACGACCACGGAAGUGAAUAACAA